CGGUACGGUGAGUUCGUCAGCCAUAUUGACUGUCUGUACCUCUUCUCCGGUCGUGGGAGCCCUGGCGGAGGAGUCUCCACCGCUGAAGUAUCGCAGUACACUGUCGGUACGCGUCCGGUAAACAGCGCAGAGGACGGGAAGGUGAACCGCUCUAUUUUUACUCGCUGAGGAUAUAUAAAGUACUGGUGCCAGCUGGAGGGGGUGACAGUUGGACACAUCCUCAGCGCAGCCAGGCGUUAGAGGUGAGUUGGAUCGCCUUCAUCUCUGCCUUCCUUCCUUUAAGCCGUUCAGACGAGGCGGAUUUAUUUUCUUCUCCGGGCUGGGGAGCGGCUGAGGUGUUUUUACGCAGGCGCUGGUGCCCUGGAGAGAGGCAGAAAGACGGAGGACGACUUCUUUCUGUUUUCUCAUCAACAGGGGACGGGCAGAGAGGGGAGAAAGAUGCCCAAACCGAUCAAUGUGCGCGUCACCACCAUGGACGCUGAGCUGGAGUUUGCCAUCCAGCCCAACACGACAGGCAAACAGCUCUUUGACCAGGUGGUGAAGACGGUGGGUCUGAGGGAGGUCUGGUUCUUCGGCCUGCAGUACACGGACAGUAAAGGAUACGUCACGUGGCUGAAGCUCAACAAGAAGGUGACCCAGCAGGAUGUGAAGAAGGAGAAUCCUCUGCAGUUUAAGUUCAGAGCGAAGUUCUUCCCGGAGGAUGUUUCUGAGGAACUCAUCCAGGAGAUCACGCAGAAGCUCUUCUUCCUGCAGGUGAAGGAGGCCAUUCUGAACGAUGAGAACUACUGUCCCCCAGAGACAGCCGUGCUGGUGGCCUCCUAUUCUGUCCAGGCCAAGUACGGAGACUUUAACAAAGACGUUCACAAGCCUGGAUACCUGGCCUCCGACCGGCUACUGCCACAAAGAGUUCUGGAGCAACACAAGCUGACAAAGGAACAAUGGGAGGACAGAAUACAGACCUGGCAUGAGGAACACAGAAGUAUGCUCAGGGAAGAUGCAAUGAUGGAGUAUCUGAAGAUAGCUCAGGACCUGGAGAUGUACGGCGUCAACUACUUUGAAAUAAAAAACAAGAAGGGCACAGAACUGUGGCUGGGGGUCGACGCCCUGGGACUCAACAUCUACGAGCACGAAGACAAGUUGUCACCAAAGAUCGGCUUCCCCUGGAGCGAGAUCAGAAACAUUUCCUUCAACGACAAGAAGUUUGUCAUCAAGCCCAUCGACAAGAAAGCUCCAGACUUUGUAUUCUACGCCCCUCGGUUGCGCAUCAACAAACGCAUCCUGGCGUUAUGCAUGGGAAACCAUGAGCUGUACAUGAGGAGGAGGAAGCCCGACACCAUUGAGGUGCAGCAGAUGAAAGCUCAGGCCAGAGAGGAGAAGCACCACAAACAGAUGGAGAGAGCUCAGCUGGAGAACGAGAAGAAGAAGCGCGAACAUGCAGAGAAGGAGAAGGAGCGGAUCGAGCGAGAGAAGGACGAGCUGAUGGCGCGACUGAGGCAGAUCGAAGGGCAGACACAGAGAGCUCAGAAGGAGCUGGAGGAGCAGACUCGCAAGGCGAUGGAGUUGGAGCAAGAGAGGAAGCGGGCAAAGGAGGAGGCGGAGCGGCUGGAGAGGGAGAGGCAGGCGGCGGAGGAGGCCAAGGCAGAGCUGGCUCAGCAGGCUGCCGACCAGAUGAAGAACCAGGAACAGCUGGCGGCUGAGUUAGCGGAGUUCACUGCCAAAAUCGCUCUGCUUGAAGAAGCCAAGAGGAAAAAAGAAGAUGAAGCAACAGAAUGGCAACACAAAGCUUUGUCAGCACAGGACGACCUGGAGAAGACCAGGGAGGAGCUGAAGACGGCCAUGACGUCUCCGCCGGCGCCAGAACAAGACGAGGAGGAUGAAACGAGCGCCGAGGCAAGCGCCGAGCUCCUCAGCGACGGCGUCAUCAGCCACAGUGAAGAGGAACGCAUCACUGAGUCGCAGAAGAACGAACGUGUCAAGAAACAGCUGCAGGCUCUGAGUUCAGAGUUGGCCGAGGCCCGGGACGACACCAAGAAGACGCAGAACGACAUGCUGCAUGCCGAGAACGUCCGGGCAGGCAGAGACAAGUACAAAACCCUGCGCCAGAUCCGCCAGGGCAACACCAAGCAGCGCAUUGAUGAGUUUGAGUCCAUGUGAGCCGGGAAGAAGGGCGGACACAACAAUGAAGGAGACAGUUAGUCUCGCUGCCAUGCCAACGCCUCACUUUCCUUGUAAAGCCUCAAACCUGCUGCCACCCCAGGAACUCCUGCUUUUUUUUUUUUUCCAGGAGGAAGACCCGGCUUUGGGGCUUUGUAGCUUCAGCCUCGCCAAAGCUCUGCCUAGCAGCGGUUGGCCAAUCACACUGCUACCUGCUUAUUAGAGCUCCGCCCCCACCCAAACGAAGCACAUGUCCUUUAAUCUGUUGGAAAAAUAGCAAGCGGCACAUCCUGUCAUCAACCUGGACUUCUCCCUUCUUCAGUACUGACAGUUGUAGCGCUCGCAUGUAUGAUAGUUAAUCAACAGGACCUUUAGACAAAACGGGAUUGAUUUUGUGCUUUUACUCAACAAAAUAAAACGGCCAUGUGUAGCUUGUUGAUGUUGCCGGCACGCUUUAAAAACCGUACCUUCCUUUUACGUCUUAUCUCAUCAGUUCAACAAUUUAAAUAAUUUGUCAAAAAAAAAAAGAAAACCUGCCUUAUUCGUCUCAUUUCCUUCCCGUCUAGUAUUACUCUUGUGUUGGGAAAGUUAGAUGUCAUUGUUCUGUUGUCUUUAUCUUCUGUCUUCUUCUCGAAAGGCGGUCGGUUUGCAAAUGCUGAAAAGAGAAAUGCAAGCUAGAUUUUCUUACUUUACAUUCUUACUGUGCUGGCAUUCUCCAUCCAUUGAGACAUUUGUUCAGAUAUAUAUUUUGCCCCACAAUAAAGAAUGAAUUUAUAUUUCCAUCUAUGCAGUUUGAUCUGAAGAGUCCUGACUGAGGUUAGAGCCAGUAGAGUUGGAUUGUGUGUCAGAUAUAAAUGUUCCAACCCGACCGACAAGUUGUUAUAAAAUUCAAUGAAAGCCUG